GUUCCUCCGGCCACCGUCGUCUCUUUCGAUCCGACGCCAUUACCUUCUUGAUUAAUACAUAUUCUGUUUUUCUAAAACGAAUCCGAUUCAAAUUCCGGACUCAAUUGAAUUGAUUGGGACAAAGAAGAAACGUGGAAUGGCUUGUACGCACGGUUACCAAUCGUUAUGACGAUCCUCCGAAGGUCCAAGGAGGAACAAUUGCCGAUCAUCAUUCUUCAAUCCAAUUACAAUCGAUUUCUCAGCAGAAGAACAAGAAGGAGUGCGGAAUUGUGAUUUUUGUACAGAGAUUCAGAUAGGAAUUGAAGAGUAGGAGAAAGGGUAGGGGAUUGAUGGAAGAAGAAUUGCCAGGGGCAAUUGGAACAAGCGCAAGCUUAGCCUUAAGAUUGGGACAAGCUCUCUUCUCUGUUGCUUCCCUCCUUUUCAUGUGCGUCGGUGUUGAAUUCUACGCUUAUACUUCUUUCUGCUUCUUGGUGACAAUAAAAGGCUUAACGAUUCCAUGGAGUUUGACACUAGCAAUGGUUGAUGCAUUCUCUGUGUUUGUAAAACGCCCAUCUCGCCAAGUACAAAUAGUGUCUACCAUAGUUAUUGGAGACUGGGUUCUAUCUUUCCUAUCACUAGCCGCAGCAUGCUCAACGGCCAGUGUGGCUGAUUUCAUGAUUACAGAAGCCGGUGACUUCUUCUGUGGAAGAAAAUUGUGCAGCAGAUAUCAACUGUCAGCUGCAAUGGCCUUCUUGUCCUGGUGCUUGUCUAUAGCCUCGGCUCUUUUUAAUCUUUGGCUUCUCCCUUCUUUAUACUAAAAUGUAGAUAUAAGUUUGGGCUAUUCCCAUUACGUAUAGUUGCAUAUCGUAAAUAAUAACAAAAAUAAGAAAAAUAGUCAAAUGUUAUAGCUUAGCGUUCCACAUCUACAGCACAUUUUGCAUCCGAGUUCAGGAACUGAACAAGGGUAAAUUUGUUUAUGAUCCCACAGAUGAAUAUAUGUUCCUUUCUGUUGAA